GGUAUGAACCCGUAAACUACAUUGCUUACUACCUGCCCCUACACUCCACAUGCUUCUGUCCAUCUCCUUCUCCCCUAUAAAUACUUUUCAUCUCGGUUGUCAAACCUACCACUGCCAUCACCACCACCACUAGAACAACCAUCUUUACCACCGUAACAAACUAAUCCAUAAUGGGUCUAAUCCGAAAGUCACACAAACAAACUCAAGCACUAGCCAUCAAGAAAAUCAUCAAAAAGUGCUCGAGUUUUGGCAAGAACAACGACGACAGCGGCCUCCCAAACGAUGUCCCAAAAGGACAUUUUGUGGUGUACGUUGGAGAAAGAAGAAACAGAUAUAUUGUUCCGAUAUCAUGUUUGGAUCAUCCAACAUUUCAAGAUCUACUACAAAGAUCCGAGGAAGAAUUCGGAUUUAAUCACGAUAUGGGCAUCAUCAUUCCUUGCCAAGAAGUUGAUUUUCUAUCUUUUUUCUCCAUGAUUGCAUGAGGGAAGAUAGUAAUUGUUAUUAGCAUUUUGUCCUUUUUGGUCAUAUUUUUUAAAUAUUUUUUUUCUCAAGUGGUGUCUGCGUUUUAACACCCUUGGAAAAAUAUUGUGCCCAUUUUGUACAAAAGGAAAGUUCUAUAUGGGAGAUGAGUCUUCCCGAAUGCUUGUUGUUUACUAUUCGUUUAAUAGAGAACAUAUCAUAUAUUAACUUAAGGUAA